AUGGCGUCAGGGGUUACAGCAAGUGAGCGAGCCUCGAGAAAGAUUCAGACGGCAGCAUGCCUUAUCAUUGGCGAUGAAGUGUUGGGUGGAAAGGCAGGUUGCAAAAUUGUCUGUGUAGUUGUUACGGAGGCUGACGCAAAGAGGAAGACCAACUCGCACUCUUUUGCCAAAUGGUGUUUCGGUUUAGGGAUUAGCCUAAAACGCGUUGAAGUCGUCGAAGACGACGAAGCCGAGAUUGUCGAGGCUGUCCGCCGUAUGAGCGAGCGAUAUGACUUUGUGGUGACAAGGCAAGUCGCCUCCCACGACGACAUCACCUACAAGUCAAUAGCCAAAGCCUUCGACCUGCCCUUAAUCUUACACGACGAGGCCUAUGCGCUGAUGAAGCAGCUCUCCAAGCCGAAACCCGACCAGGCCGUCUUCAACUGGGACGAGGACUCACCAGCGCGGCGUGCGAAACUGCGCAUGGUCGAGCUGCCCACUGACGUGAACCGGCCGCUUAAGGAACAAUUCCUAUUCCCCUGCCAGGACCUUUGGGUGCCCAUUGCCGUGGUCAACGGAAAUGUGCAUGUGCUGCCCGGCAUACCAAGACUAUUCACCCAGCUCCUCAAGGGCAUGACGCCUAGCAUUCUUCCCCGGCUGACCGACCCGGAGGGCAAGGGGAUCAUUCGGGUCAGCAUCCUGACGCCGCUGUCCGAGAGCACGGUGGCCGAGUAUCUCACAGAGCUGGCCGCGCGUGUCGAGCCAAAGGGGGUCAAAGUCGGGAGCUAUCCGCGGUGGGGCAAGAAGAAGAACGUCGUGACGCUGGUGGGGAGGGACAAAGAGUAUCUCGAAACCAUCACACCCGAGGUCCUGUUAAAUGUGACGGGAACGCUGAUAACGCCAGGGAAGGAGGAGGAAAUUGAGGAUGACGAGGUGGAAGAAUCGAAGUGA